ACAUUCGACAUACGAUAUACAGCCAUGCGUUCUGCCUGUAUAGUCGUGAAGGGAGCCAUGCGAGACAGUUGAGGCAGGCCGGUUACCUGGGGACAUGAGCACAAGUUGGAUAUCGAUGGAGGUCGAUCGAGAGACAAAGGACUGUGCUCGCUCCUUUUGGCCCUCCCUCGCAAGCUGCAACGGUCCACAAGGGGGAGGAGACAAAUGCGAACGAGGAUGGGGAACGAGGAAUCGGCUCAGUUGGCGUUCGUUCACACGACUUUCUUGCGCUGGCGUUCCCUCGCAUGGUUGGAUGGAAUAAUGAAUUCGAUAUGUGGAUGCGUAUGGGGAGGGGGAGGGGGGAGUCCGGUUGAUGUGGGUCACAGCCACAGCCGCCUUUGCCUCAGGCGAGGUUGGUUUUCCCGUUCCCAUUGCAGCACCCUUCAGCCCCCCCUCCUCCCUUUUCUUCCCUCCCCCUCCCCUCCCCCUCCUUCUCUUCCUCUUUAUUUCUCUUCUCUCGCUUCGCCAUCAUCUCUUCUGUCUGAUCUCUCCUUCUCUAAUCCCUCAUUCUCCAAUCCCUCAUCGCACUCCCCCAUCGCCCAUCCCGCCCUGCACACCCCACGCCCAUCUCCCCGCCUCACCCCCCGCGCUCCACACGGACCUGACCCGCCACUCCACCGCCCUCUUUCCUCUGUCCUGCUCUUCGUAUCCCUCGUCCGACGUGUCGAUCGACGUCCUUCCCUGUGGCCUCAAUCGCCUGGGUUAUACCUUUUCCUUCCUUUAUUAUUAUUAUUUUCAUUAUUAUUACCAUUAUUAUUACUAUUACUAUUACCGUUGCCAUUACUAUUGCUCGUUCUAUUCUGCUGAAAAAGAGAAGAGGGUCUUUAUUCUUCCCGUUUAUUUUAUUUUUUAUCUUUCAUUUUUUAUUUUUAUUACCUGCGUUGUGCUGUGUUUCUGUUCCUCUGUAUCAUCUCUUCCCCUUCUCUCUCUCUCUCUCUCUCUCUUUCUUUCUUUCUUUCCAAUUUUUACCCUUGGCUUUAACAUGGCCUCAGACACACAUCCAGAGGGCGGUGACCACCAUCACCACCACCGCCACCACCCGUCGUCGUCGCAAGGGACAGACCCAAGGAACACCGAUGCUACAGCUACAACUACAACUGCUCACACGAAGCGGCCUAUCCAAAGCACAAGCACAAGCACAGGCACGGGCACCAACACAGCUACCGCGAACAACUCGGCCCUGGCUCGCUUCUUAUCCCCCUCCGCAAAUGCUCAACAAUAACAGAUACGCCGCUGUUGGCUGUUGUCAACAAGGAGGGACUGAGGGAAGAAGGGAGUUCAUUACACCGCACCAUCUUAUUUUAAUUUAUUCUUGAUCUUGAGCAUGGAAGCGAGGGAGGCUGACCGGAACCACGGUCCAAUGUAAACCAAAGCGGCCAAAACACACCGAACACCCAUGGCGAAGACCAAAGAAACGAAAGGGCGAAGGGCGAAAGUCAAAGGAUUUUUUUUUGCU